GGUUCCGAAAUGGGUCGAAAACGAGCUCGACAAAAGUAAAAAGAUCGAAACUGAUGAUAUUCCUGACAAUUUCCAAGCCAUGUGUGAUAAAUAUGAUCUCGAACGUUGCAACGACUGGGCCGACGUUACCCCCAAGGCUUCCGACCUGAUAAUAGCUUUUCUCGGCGGACAAUCGUUCCAAAAUAAGAUUCUACCUGCAGCAAUCCCCAACAAUACGUUACUAUGUAUAUAAACCAACCCCCGAUUCUAUUUCCGGGUAUGACGUCGACAAUAUACCUUUUUUACUCCAACAUAUCAACAAUGAGAAUUAACUAUACCAUGUUUAAAGCCAUGUCUAGUAGCUCUAUUAGUUUUUUGUACUUAAUUAUAGAAGGAAAAGGCCAUAAAGGCUAUUUCAUGAUAACCGAAAACCAAGCUUUUGUCAGUGGUCGCAUAAUAUUGGACAUGACCUGGCCAGUCCUCGGGGACCAAGAUGUGAUCUUUCUUUUCUCCACGAUGCCAUACCUAGCGCACAUGUUCGUCAUGUGGAGAGACGUACAGACAAAAGAUAAAGAUGGGGAAGAUAUACCUCGUUGUCCUACUUACAACAUAAAACUUAUUGACAAUUUAUACCUAGUUACUCGACAUCGAAGGCUUAACAAAGCUUCGAACAUCUAUUUGCCGCAUCCAACGCUGGACAAAAGACGAUAGAUUGCCUCAGAUCAUGGAAGGCCUUGAAAAGUGGGAAGAAGAAGGCCGACCUUGGCACAAGUUUCAACCACUUGGACGUUGAUGUGUAAAAGGAUGUUGUAUUCGUAAAGAUUAUUAUACCUCACUUCUAACUCAAGUAUUGCAUUGAAUUUACGAAGGAUUUAUUGUGUCGAAUUCUUUUCUAUGGGAGUUUGUCCCAAUUAAGGAAAGAGUGGCCGUUUUUGGACUAGCGAA